GAAACCUGUUGGAGCCAGGUUAAUCUGCUGUUCAAGACAAUGAUUUUCAAUAAUCUGUUGACUGUUUACGAAAUAUUUGGAUACAAGUUCAUACCAUGCAUGUAUAAAACGGGUCGCGCCGUAUAACACGCCCACAUUACAAGUGACGGAUGAAGCAACCCUUGAUGAACCGCUACAUAACUAGGGAAAUGUACUACAAAAGCAGAUGUUGCCUGAAUUGCAGGCUUAUUCGACCAAGGUGGCCUAUUUCUGCAGCAGCCUACGCUUUUUGUAGCCGCAUGUGGAUCCUAUCCGAAGUGGAGCCCAGGGUCAUCCGUCCGAUGGUGAACCACCAAAAAUUUUCGACCGCAUUCUUCGCAAUGAACAAAAAGUUAAGCCGAACGCGGGGGUCGAACCCGCAACCUUGAGAUGCCGUGAUGACUAAGAGUCUCACGCUCUACCGAUUGAGCUAGCCCGGCUUGAGUUGUUGAAGCAGUCAGGUAGUCCGAAUUAUAUCGUGACGAAUGAUGUUGGCUGUUGUGUUCUGUCCUGUGUAGAUAGUAGUCAGCGCCCCAUGCCUCCCCGCCGGCUUGGAGCUGAUACCGGCUGCAGCGGCUCAUCCAAGAAGUGGCAAAGGGUGAAAUAGGGUGAUCGAUCCUUCAAAGAGCUAGGCCUUGCAGCCUAACAUUGAUGUUCAUAGAGGAAGAUGCCAUUGGUGUGAUCGUCAGUUACCCCUGGUCGGCCAGACAGGUCAAUGCCAUUACAGUACAGAGUGGUCACAUUGGGACAGGCAGCAGUGCCUAUCCUCCGAAUUUGACCCCUCCCUCCAAGGAAAAGCACGGGUUACGCGCUCGUGCCGCUAGCCAUCUGUGUCAUAAGGUUCUCAUGGCUCUCGAGACACUAGCCAAGGCAGAAUUCAACAGUCCGAUUUGUGUCGCAAUACAUUCUAUUUUGGUCGCCGCGAUGAGGACUGGGGAUCGUGGACCAGGAAACUGCCACUGGACAAGUGCGACACCAGAUUGAUAGGGUGAAACAAACUCGACAGCUUAGACGUCAUUGCGCGCGUCAAAUUGAAAUUCAAUUUUGUAACCUUGGCCUUUUGCUGAUCAGUGGAAGUGAACAAGUGCAUUUAUUUCGGGAGAUUACCUAUGCACGGUGAGCAUCUGACAUUGCGUGCAGCCAAAUAUGGCGCUUAACCGUAAUGGUGGGAGACGAAACGAAGCAACAAUAGCCAGUGGCAUCUGUGGCUGAGGCUGAGUCGUAUUCCAAGGUACCUGCUUGGAAGACUGAGGCUGAGACGGCGCGACCCCUGAAACCUGAAUAGGUCUAGCGACCCCUUAUCAAUAUGGCCCCGGUGAUCCCAUCCAUCGUUCGUGUUAGGACGGUUAAGUCCCGACUUAUUCUUAGAACAGAAGCGAAACGAACCAAAAUAGACGAGAUGAGGUAGAUGGAGUUCCAGGAUAUUGUAGGUUACCAACAGAAUGGUUCCAAACGAUCUACUGUCUCAGAAAGCAUCCGCGAUUGUGGUCGGCGGCUGCGAAGCAAAUGAGCGUAGAGGAACAGUUCGGCGGUUGCUGUUGCUUACCCCACGGAGUAGAAGGGCGUUAUCAACCAACAAUUAUGAUAAAGUUAAUGGCAUGCAGAUGCAGGAAAUAAUGCAAUGGCCCAGGGCUGCAUUUCCAGGGGUGGUAGCGCAGCGAACUCUUUCGGUAUUACAGAAGAGUAAUACGGAACAUAAGAUAGUGGUGGCA